AUGCAUCUGAGUUGGCAGAUUGCUAAGAACAUGAAGGUGGCUGAUCGCAACUUCUUCGAACUUGUCAGGUGCGUUGUUCUCUCUUCCUCUCCACCACCACUGAUCUCCUUCAGCGCAAUCUAUUUUUUUGCAAUCGGGUCAAAACCCUACUUUGAGGUCGCAAGUGCAGUCUCUCUUGUCAUGCUCACCUAUGAUUUCCCUUACAAGCCCGGUUCGCAUUCCGGUGCAGAUUAG